ACCUGAGGUUUCUUUGCACUUGCGGGGCGAGCGCUUCGGUUGCUAGUACUGUGUGUCAGUCACCGCGUGAGGGGAACUGAUCUUCGGUUCACGAUUCACGAAUAAAUACCAAGAAGUAGAAUAUCAGGUUUCCAGAGUUAUACAUUUUCAUUUUUGCAAAGAGCGCAGGGACAAUGCUGAAUGGAAUAACAAGGCUUAUCUCCAGGGUCCAGAAGUUGGACCUUAGGUGUUUUUUGCACACUGGGACCCAGGCACCCCAAAUCAUUGCUGCUCACCUAGAUACCCAGGUUCCAGUUUCAAGUCCCAGAGCUGUUUGCCGCACCAGUGAAAGUGACCCGGCCAAGCAUGGAGAGCAGCAUGAGGGUCAGCACUACACCAUCCCCCUCCAGGAUUUGAAGACUGUAUUUCCCCAUGGCCUGCCUCCUCGCUUUGUAAUGCAGGUGAAAACAUUUGGUGAAGCUUGCCUAAUGGUACGAAAACCAGCCCUCGAGCUUCUGCGUUACCUGAAAAACACCAAUUUUGCUCAUCCAGCUAUACGCUAUCUUCUCUAUGGGGAGAAGGAAACAGGCAAAACCCUCAGCCUUUGUCAUGUUAUUCAUUUCUGUUGGAAACAUGACUGGUUGAUACUGCAUAUUCCAGAUGCUCAUCUUUGGGUGAAAAAUUGCCGGGAUCUUCUGCAGUCUACCUACAACAAACAGCGUUUUGAUCAACCUUUAGAGGCUUCAACCUGGCUGAAGAAUUUCAAAACUGCAAACGAACGCUUCCUCGGCCAGAUAAAAGUUCAAGAGAAAUAUGUCUGGAAUAAGAGAGAAAGCACUGAGAAAGGCAGUCCUCUGGGAGAAGUGGUGGAACAGGGUCUGACUCGCGUGAGGAAUGCCACAGAUGCAGUUGGAAUUGUGCUGAAGGAGCUGAAGAUGCAAAGUUCUUUGGGAAUGUUUCGCCUCCUGGUGGCAGUGGAUGGAAUCAAUGCCCUCUGGGGAAAGACCACAUUGAAAAGAGAAGAUAAAAACCCAAUUGCUCCAGAUGAACUAGCACUUAUUCACAACUUGAGGAAGAUGAUGAAAAAUGAUUGGCAUGGAGGUGCCAUUGUGUUGACGUUGAGCCAGACUGGGUCUCUCUUUAAGCCCCGGAAAGCAUACCUGCCUCAUGAGUUGCUGGGAAAGGAAGGAUUUGAUGCCCUGGAUCCCUUUCUUCCCAUUUUGGUUUCCAGUUAUAAUCCAAAGGAAUUUGAAAGUUGUAUUCAGUAUUAUUUAGAAAAUAAUUGGCUACAACAUGAGAAAGCUCCUACAGAAGAAGGGAAGAAGGAGCUGCUGUUUCUAAGUAAUGCCAACCCUGGGCAGCUGGAACGUCUCUGUGCCUCCCUCUGAGCCGUGAUCAAAAUGUGGAUGGAAGACAAUGAACAUUUCAUUUAUGCUGCACCCAGUCACAUGGGGAAGUCUCAUAGCACUCAGGUAGAGCAGGCAGGCCCCUGUACUUAUAGGAUUGUCCAGGACUGCCGAUGGCCAUGGGCCUUCUUUGAAAUGGGUUCCUUGUAAACUGAUUUUGAACACAUGAUAAGAUAUCCACUUGUUCCUAAAACUAAUAACAGUUUUUGGAUGUGGUUUUCAUGUUUAGGAUAACCUGGUUCUUUUCCUUAAAUAAAAUUAAAUAUCUUUC